ACAGGACACACAGUCACUACCUCCGUAAGGAAGUGAAUCUACUCAAAGUGCACAGGUUUACUGUUUACUGCAAACUCACUCAACAAGAAAUGUAGCUCUUUGACUCAAAAACAGUGGAAACCGGGGGAGUUAACAUGGCAACAUUCGGGAGCAAGUAUAAUAUAACCUUUCCAACUAACUUUUAAGUGAAACUGUGUUGGCAACAAAUGGCAUGCAGUGUAAAUAUUUCGGGGAGUGAACAACGUGGGCUUUCACAAGAGGUAAACAUUCAAAUAAGAAACCCUUUUACGAUUUCCGAAAGUAAAAUUAGAACGUUUUCAUUUGUAUAUUUUGCAUAAAUUUCACUGUGAAAUAUGUUCCGAUUUCUGACGGAUUUAUGAUAAGUUGCCAACAGAAGUUGCCUCUUAUGAGAUGCCACGCAGGCAUAACUAUUACACAGUUGAAUAUUAUAACGAUAGAGGUCAAACUGCUUACAUGCCCAGCUCGUUAAUUUUUAUUUAAACAGGUACAUUUUUAUUUAAAACAAAGCCUGCUAAAACAAAGAGGAUGAAGGUUAGGAAAUAUUUUCGAGGUAGUGGUAGAGUACUUGGUUUCGUGUUCAUUGCGUCUGUCAUAUGGCUGCUUUUUGAUAUGGCAGCACUAAAGAUUUCAAUUAAUGACGCUAACAGCCAGCUCUUGAAAGAAAUUAUUGUUAAGCAAAGGGAGGCGGAAAAACAACAGGUCACAAAACGAACAAAUGUAAUCAAUAGGAUAGGAUUUAAACAUUCAAUUCAGAAAGUUGAUCGGGACUUGGAAACGGAGCUGAACUUUUCAAAUAAAGGUGGCAAGAAGGUGAAUGCUCUCAACAGAAAACGAAACCUGGGCCCAGCUAUUAAAGACAAUAAAUUGUAUUCACAAAUAAAAAAUGAAGAAAGUGAACUUAAUGAAAUUGGCGACGGAAAAUCUGUAUUUGCGAUGAAUGAUGGAAAAGAGUUUAACAAAAUUGACGUUAAACCAGCGAAUUUGCCGGCAGCUAUUAACACCAAAGCACCCAUCGGUGGAACUCCAGCAGUUCUCAAGAACGUGUAUGACGGUACAGAUCACCCUAAGCAGAACUUGCCUGCACAAACUUCAUCCUUAAACAGAAGUGGUUUAUUACAAAAUGCCCCAAGGAAAGUUCCAGCCGAGCUACCAAAUUUGACCAAAGCGCCACCUGGCGUGCAGGAAGAAAAAAUGCAGAACCAUGAUGAAAACCUGAAGGAUUUUAAGCAAAACAAUGAGAGCAUUUCUAAUAAGGCUGCCAUGACUCGGAACAAAGUCGGUGAUAACGUGCUGCAUGAAAAACAACACCGCCCUCCCAAAGACAAAACACAGGUGGCAACGUCAAUUAAGCCUGAGAAAGAGCACUUAAAGGAAAAGGAUAAGAUAGUGAACCUUGUCAACAAACAGAACAAUGCGCACAACAAGAGUGACCCUGACAAAAUGAAAGACCAAGUGCUACUAACACUACCAACAGUGGUCCCACAGAGAGUGGAGAUCAAAACAAACCUCUCAAGGGUGCGGAAAUCGGGCACACACAGAGUGAUGCCACUGGAUAUGACUGAAAAGCCUAGGGACGUCGGCGCCAUUGGGCAGUUUGGACUGCCGGCUGUCGUGCCCAUUGGCAAGCAAGAGGAGAUGCGUGGUCGGUGGAAUGAGGGCCACUUCAAUGUCUACCUGAGUGAGCAGAUUCCAGUGGACCGGGCCAUACCAGAUACAAGGCCUCAAACGUGCUCAGAGAAUCUGGUUCAUGACAACUUGCCCACGACCAGUGUGAUUUUCUGCUUUGUGGACGAGGUGUGGUCCACCCUGCUGAGAUCUGUCCACAGUGUUCUCAACCGCUCCCCACCACACCUUCUCAAAGAAAUCAUUCUGGUGGACGACUUCAGCUCCAAAGACUCCCUCAAGGAUAAUCUAGACGUGUACAUGUCACAGUUUCCCAAAGUACGGAUCAUCCGGCUGAAGGAGAGACAAGGUCUUAUCCGAGCCAGAUUGGCGGGAGCUGCUGUAGCUACCGGUGAAGUUUUAACUUUCCUUGACUCGCACAUUGAGUGCAACGUGGGCUGGCUGGAGCCUCUGUUGGAGAGAGUGUAUAUGGACAGGAGAAAAGUAGCCUGUCCUGUUAUUGAAGUCAUUAAUGACAAAGACAUGAGCUAUGUGCUAGUUGACAAUUUCCAAAGAGGCAUAUUCAAAUGGCCCCUGGUUUUCGGUUGGAGUACUCUAUCAGAGGAAGUCAUCAAAAUGAAUAAACUGAAGGAUUCUGACCCAAUCAGGUGUCCAGUCAUGGCUGGAGGCCUUUUCUCUAUUGACAGAAAGUACUUCUAUGAAUUAGGGACCUAUGACCCAGGCCUAGACGUUUGGGGUGGAGAGAACAUGGAACUGUCUUUCAAGAUCUGGAUGUGUGGUGGAGAGAUCGAGAUAAUCCCUUGUUCCAGGGUGGGCCACAUCUUUCGCUCAGAGAACCCCUACAAAUUCCCCAAGAAUAAACAGAAGACUGUGGAGCGGAACCUGGCCCGGGUGGCUGAGGUCUGGCUGGACGAGUACAAGGAACUGUUUUAUGGUCAUGGCUACCACCACCUUCUGGACAGGAAACUCAUUGACAUUGGCAACCUCACUGACCAGAUCCAGCUGAGACAGAAGCUCAAAUGCAAGAGCUUCAGAUGGUACCUGGAAAAUGUGUACCCAGAAAUGGAUGCCCCCCUUGUUCGAGCACAGGGAUUGAUUUUCAAUCUCGGAGCACGAAAAUGCCUGGCUCUGGAGAAAGGCAUCAUCUCUUUUGACACCUGUGAUCUUAGCAAGCAGAGUCAGCUCUUCAACCACACGUGGAUGAGGCUUCUCCAGCAGCAGCAGUCCUGCAUCGGAGUGCACAGUUUGAGAGCGAGCGUGACCCUGGAGCCAUGCGACAACACCAAGUCCCACCUGCGCUGGCUUCAUAAAUCACUCAUCCCCAGCUCCGCUCUGAUGGAGCACCUCAUCCUUCAGCACAUCCCGAAGCGCAUGUGUUUGGAAGCUGCCACCCAUAGCGAGGGCAUUCGCCUGAGUGACUGUGACCCAGGCAACCGGUUUCAGAAGUGGCACUUCACACAGUACUUCACGCCGUGACCACAGUCACAGGCCGUGAACCUCAUCACCCAGUCCUCCCGGCCUCCCGGUUUAUAUUAAUGCUGGUUUCAAUGUUAAUAUGCAUGGCAGUGAUUUGUAUGUGAUAUACUUGUGGCAGGGGGGCAGUCUUAAUAUUACUUCAAUUUUUUCCAUUUAAAAUAUUUCUGUAAAAUUUUUCUGUUGUGUAUCUUGAAACACAGGGUAUAAUAAACUCAAAGAGGUGGUUAUACUCAAAGUACCUGCUACAUUGUGUAGCAUAGUGUAGUAUUGUGUACCACAGUAAGUUUGAUACAGAACAACAUACAGCAGUUACAGUUACACUUUAGCUGUGGUUAUUUGCUUAUACAGAGUAACAAGGGCAGAUGUGAUUAAAUGAUUAAUUAACAGAGUGCUGGAUUAGACUGAAAGGUUCUGCUACUGACCAGCAGUGAUGAGAGAAAUUGAACCCCAUAAUGGCAGGAGCUAAGUGUGCACUGCCCAAUUACUGAUCCAUAUGAAAAACUGCAAAAGAUUGCUCUCCACAGCCAAACACAGACUUGAUUUAGUGCACCAUUGAUGGUACACAGCAGUGCCAGCCAUUUUGGGGUUCACAAAGACUCCCUCUCCUCAAUUUGGAGUAUCACUCCUAGCUCAUCCUGACCAGUGUUCACAUUCAUAAUGCUGAACCAACUAAAGCAGGAUUCCCCCUCUCUCCACUGCAAAGGGGGGUGGGGGGGAUGACUUACGGUUAGUUAGGUCAAGGAAAAAAGUGACCUUGUGUUCAAAGAGAAAUUCUUACUCUACAAAUGUAUGAUGGCCCACACUUCUAACAAGAAAACAACAUUGUUUUUCUCAGUUGGUACGGUUUUAGACAGCACAUAUUGUUUUAUCUUAUGUAUGCAGGGGGAUUAUGGUUAGGUUCUGGUUAAGUUUCUCAUAGGUAUUUCUGGUCCGAACUGGCAUGUUCUUAUCUUAUUUGUAUAAAAAUGGUUACAGAGCUGUGACAUCUGAGGAUUUUACUGUCUUUUUUCACAGUUAACGUUUAUCACUCCUGGUGACUUUUUUCUGAUUUAAAAGGGUCAAAGUGCUGUCAUUACAACAAUAAGCUCUUUAUUUUUCUUUGUUGUGCAACUUUCUUAAAAUAUACCUGUGAAGUCAUGUGCCAAAUUUGGAAGGUUGUAAUACAUGUAAUGCAUUGAUUAGCAUGCAUGCACUGUUUGUUAAAUUAUGCAUUUUGUUUCAUCCAUUAUGUGGUGAGUACUGUGAAAGUUUGUGUUGAACAAGUACUCCUUGAAAUCUUCAUGAAAUAAAGUCCAUUAGUUCAUCAUUU